AGCAUCCGACUGCUUCCAUUCCGAUGCCAUUUAUCACUGAGGUCUCGUACAGAUCACACGAGGCGAUAAUUAUAUCCCGUCCGAUGCACAUGGCUGACAAUUGAACGAUGCGCCCAGACGACAUCUUCUCCAAACUUCUCCAGGAGAGAAUUGUUUGUCUCAAUGGUGCCAUCGACGACACAGUAUCCGCGUCCAUAGUGGCACAGCUGCUAUGGCUGGAAUCUGACGGGCCGGAGAAGCCCAUCACGCUCUAUAUCAACUCCCCGGGAGGCUCAGUAUCCUCAGGGCUGGCCAUCUACGACACAAUGACAUACAUCAAGUCUCCGGUCUCGACGGUCUGCCUCGGCGCGGCGUCGUCCAUGGCAGCUCUUCUCCUGACGGGAGGAGAAGCCGGAAAGCGAUAUGCGCUCCCGCACAGCUCCGUCAUGAUCCACCAACCGCUCGGGGGGACGCAAGGCCAGGCCUCCGACAUCCUCAUCUACGCCAACCAAAUACAGAGAGUCCGGGCGAAGAUCAACAAGAUCAUGCAGUACCACCUUAACAAGUCUGUCGGCCACGAAAGGUACGACAUUGAUCAGGUUAACGACAUGAUGGAGAGGGACAAGUACUUAUCGGCAGAGGAGGCUAAGGAGAUUGGGGUUAUCGAUGAGAUCCUGACCCGGAGGACAGAGAAGGAUGAGAAGGAGAAGGACGAUGCGCAUAAAACACGACCAUAGGGAAGGGGCCUAUUUCCUACAUAGGGGAUAAAUCACAAUUGAAUGUCGAAGCACCUUCGAACUUUCAUAUACGAACGAAAUAGAAAUGGUCUGCACUUGAUGGGGUUAGCAGAGUUGCCCUCUUGUUCUCUUGUCCUCACCAAAGCCGUUCUCACCGAGGGCGUUCAGCGGGGACCAGAGCUCCCACCGCGACACACCGACACGACCAAUCAUGAAGCUCCUAUUUCAAUGCGGGGGGACUUUUUUGGGGGGUCGAGGACGUGGUGGGGCCAUAGUGUGGGCAUAGUCCCUAUAUGUGGGCAUGGGUCCCACACAAGGGUACUAGACCCACAGCAUAGCUUAUAUACGCGGGUCAGGUGACGGGUUUACACACUAUAUCUUUAGCUAGCCAUAU